ACUUCGCCAGUUAUCGCAAUAGGUGUAAAACUUAGGUGUAAACCUAUCUAGGUUCUAUCACAGCAUAUAACUCAUAGUAAUUGUCGUUUGUUAUUAUUUAAAUAUUUAAUAUUAUUUUAAUUUUUUCUAUAUUUCUGUAGUUCUGCUCUAUCAACAUAGAUUUUUGUUUCCGUUUUGCUUAGUUACUUUAUCUAUCUAAUUUAAUUAAAGUUAAAAGUCUAAAGUUAACUAUAAAUUUAAAUUAUUUUAUUAAAGUGUAUUAUGUACUUUUUUAAGUAAUUUAAACGUGUAUCAAAUAUUCAUUGUCAUCUUAUUUAUCCGAAUUACUUAGAGUAACUACUAAUCAUCAUGAAACUCAGUAUUUUCACUUUAAAUAUAUGGGAUUUGAAAUUUGCAUCUAAAGAUCGUAAAGCUCGAGUAAAGGCAUUAGCUGACAGUUUAACAAACAAUGAAUAUGAUGUUGUGUGUCUACAGGAAUUAUGGUGUGAAGAUAAUUACAAAUAUAUAAAGGCAUCUUGUAAUAAUGUAUUUAAAUAUAUGCAUUAUUUUCACAGUGGCAUGUUAGGAUCUGGAAUGUGUAUCAUGUCGCGUUAUCCAAUAAUUGAUGUUCAUUAUCACUCAUUUAUGUUGAAUGGUUAUUUACAUAUGUUUUGGCAUGGAGAUUGGUUUGGUGGAAAAGGCAUUGGGCUAUGUCGUAUCAAUGUCAAAGGCUUUAUUGUAGAUGUUUACACUACACACUUACAUGCUUGUUAUAAUGUAUCAAACGAUAAAUACAUUAUUCACAGAGCACUACAAGCUUAUGAAACUGCUAAUUUCAUACGUAUUACAUCUGCUGGUUCUGAUUUAGCAGUAUUAGCUGGUGAUCUCAAUUCUAAUCCUAAUGACAUCUGUUAUAAAUUAAUAUGUUUAGGUGCAAACAUGGUCGACUCAUAUUCUACGUGUUUAAACAAUAGUAUUGAAUAUACUUACUCUCAUCCUAAAAAUUCAUACAAAGAUGCAAACGAAGUAAAUGAUCGUAUUGAUUAUAUACUGUACAAAUUUAAUAAACGUAAUUUAGUAGUUGUUAAUGAACACAGACAUUCAUUACCACAUCGCGUUCCUGAACAAGAUUUUAGUUAUUCAGAUCAUGAACCAAUUGAAGCAGUAUUUGAUAUAUCAGUAAAUGCAUUAAAUAUUGAAAAAAAUACUGAAAUUAAUACAGGGUUAAUAUUUGAAAAUGAAUUUCUAAACGUUAUAAAUACUAUUCUGGACAUUUGCAACGAAAAGCAAGUAAAAAACCCACUAAUAUCAUUAUGGCAUUGUGUAUUUGUAAUAAUUUGUUUGAUGCUAAGUAUGUAUCUGCAACCAGUCCCAUAUACUAAUAUUGUUGUUUUUAUUACAUUACCUAUUUUAAUUAUCAUGUGGGUUUAUAACUUAAUUUUAAAAUGGAAAGAACAAAAUUGUAUUAGGAUUUUGUCAUCAUAUAGAAACAUUAUUUUGUAA